AUGGCGAAAACUGCCUCCGGGAGAGGCGCGAUAGCCAAACCAAAUGUUUUCGGUGACGAUUUCCGUACGACCAAGAGGGACAAGCGUCAGAUCAAGCAUGCUGCCCUCGUGUCAAAAAUUGAGAAAAACACCCAAAAGACACCCAAGCGUCGACGUGCGUCAAAGAAACUCGUCGCCAACCUCGAAUCCCUAGCCGAUGCUCUCCCCGAGGCCGCCGAAGAAAAUGAUGCCGCCAGUCAAGCGAACGUGAUCAAGCAAAAGACACUGCGACACAAGCCUGGUGCGUUGAAGCGCCGGGAAAAGUUGGAGAAAAUGGAACGGGACCGAUUCAACAAAAAUUUGACUGAAAUGUCCAACAUCACGGCUCCUGCUGCCACUAGUGGCGAGACAAAUACCGAGUCGAAUGCGACGGCUAGUCGGUGGUCUGCGCUUCGUAACUUCAUCUCCCAAACGAUGGAACAACAGCCUGUGUUCAAGGAAAACAAAUGA